AUGGAAGUUGGAGCUUUUCCUAAAACUUGGGGCAUCUUCAUGCAAGACCUCAUGAGAGGGAUGAUUAUGGACAUGCUGUGGCCUGAAAUUAAGAACGCUAUCGAAGAGCUGAGCUAUGGGAAGGGAGUCCGCAUAUCGCGUGCUUGCGGAGUUGACCCCAACGAAAUCAGCUUGGAUAUUGGUGAAGGCAGCUUUGCUUUGACUUCCCGAUUGGCACUACAGCAUCUUGAUAUGAACAAAUGUCUGAAGGACCUGAGAAGUUCGCUGCCCAAUACAUCUAAAAUAUUUCAGAAGAUAGAGCGAUAA